AUGAAUGUGUCUGGUCGUGAUGAAGAUGUUAGUCAUUUAACGUCAUUGUAUAUGACAUUCACACCACAAGUACUUGAUAGAACCCAGUUCGAAAAAUCCGGCCCGGAAUCGCCCAGUGCCAGAUUUUUCCGUGCAUUUCAUGGAAGUGGGAUUCCAGAGCGACUUCAGCCGGCUAAAAUUUGUGCGGAUCCGGCACUAACCAAACGGAAAAGUAGGGAAACCCGAACUGAACUUCCGUAA